CAUCGGAUCGCCCACAAUGACCGGCCGCAAAGUAAAUAUCGCCGAAUACCUGUUCACGCGACUGCAUCAACUUGGUGUUAAAGACCUUCAUGGCGUACCCGGCGACUUCAAUCUCAUCGCCCUUGACUACGUCGAGCCCUGCGGCAUCAAUUGGGUUGGCAACUGUAAUGAGCUCAACGCGGGCUACGCGGCCGAUGCUUAUGGUCGACUUAUGGGAAUGGGAGCUCUGGUGACAACCUUUGGAGUGGGCGAGCUUUCGUGUCUAAACGCCAUUGCUGGCUCUUUUGCCGAGUUCUGCCCAGUGGUACAUAUCGUCGGCACACCAAAGAGAGCAGCUCAGAAGAGUGGGAUGCUUCUCCAUCACACUGUAUGUCUUUGGGUCNUCGGCAAUGGCGACUUCAACGUUUUUGCCGAUAUGUCGAAACCAAUCACCAUCGCCCAAACGAACCUGAUGGAUCCCGCGACAGCCCCCGCUGAGAUCGAUCGUGUACUCCAAGCGUGCUACGUAAAUAGCCGACCAGUGUAUAUUCAGCUGCCAGCGGACAUGGUCACAGAAGAGGUGGACGCAAAGUUAUUGGAUACCCCCAUCGUCGUUGAGCCUCCGCCCAGCGACCACGAAACGGAGAAGUUGGCGGCGGAGCUCAUUUUGAGGAAGCUGUAUGCAGCCAAGAAGCCGACACUUCUGCUCGAUGCCGGAGCUCAGCGUCAUCGCGUCGAAGACUUGACAGAGCAGUUUGCUCGCAAGACUGGCCUGCCGACCUUCAUCACUCCCAUGGGCAAGGGUGUGGCCAAUGAGGAGUCGCCUUUGUUUGCAGGCAUCUACAUCGGCAAAGGUUCAGAAGAGAGUGUCCGAACGAGGAUUGAGGAGAGUGACCUGGUCAUUACCAUCGGUAACGUCAAGUCAGACGUCAACAGUUUUGGUUUCUCCUAUCGCAUCAGUCGAUUGACUUCGGUCGACUUGCACUUUGAUCACGUCGUCAUGGACUGCGCCAAAUUCGAGAACGUGUACAUGAAGUGGUUGUUAGAACGCCUUGUCAAAGAAGUUGAUUCGUCCAAGAUGCACAUGGACAAGGUCGAAACGCCGUUGCGCAAGAAUCCCCAGCUCACUAAUGGUGAGACUCCAACGACUCAGGAUGUUACACACGACUGGCUGUGGCCGCGUAUCUCGUCUUGGCUGAAAUCAGGUGAUGUUGUGAUCACAGAGACAGGUACAUCUNUUGUCGGUAUCUGGGAGACAAGGUUUCCAUCAGGAGUUCAAGCCAUCAACCAGACGUUGUGGUCGUCAAUAGGCUAUGNNAGCCUUGGUGCCGCCCAGGGUGCGGCUCAGGCAAUGAAGACAAUGGGCGGUCUGCGGAGGACUGUCUGCUUCGAAGGCGAUGGGUCAUUUCAGCUCACAGCUCAAGAAUUGUCAACGAUUAUCAGACAAGAUUUGGACUGCAUCGUCUUCCUCAUUGAGAACGACGGCUACGAGAUCGAGCGCUGGGUCCAUGGUAUGAAAGCAAAAUACAACGACAUCAGCAAAUGGCGGUACAGCAAGAUCGCAGAAGUCUUCACGCCUGAGGAAGAGGCUUCUCGGCAUCGCGUCAAGUCGUAUAAGAUCAGCACUCGCUCCGAGCUCGACCAACUCCUGGCAGACGAAGACUUCUCGGCCGGAAAAGGCUUACACUUCGACGAAACUAAGGAACGGGUGGCCUUCCGACAAGGC